CCCCAACGGGUUUUUAGACGAGGAUCGAAGACUCCGAAUGAGGUCAUCGAUUAAAUAGGCCCCAAGUUUGUUUCUCUUUGGGUGUGUGUCUUUUUCUAGGCCUUAAAAGCCCCUUUUUCUGAGCGGAAUCUUCUUUUGGGGUCACUGUUUUAAGGCUUUUUUGGGCAGUAUUAUCUUCUGUUAUGUCACCGACACCUUUACCUAUGCCUGGGAUUACCCAUAUUGCUAACAUGUCCAGGGAUAACAUGUUAUGCUCCAAGUGCGGCGAGGGGUUCGAACAACAUGAAAAGAUUGUUAAUUCCACUGGGCAGCUGUGGCAUCAGCAAUGUUUUGUGUGCGCCCAAUGUUUUCGGGAAUUCGUCGACGGAGUCUUUUACGAAUACGACGGGCGCAAGUACUGCGAACACGACUUCCACGUCCUGUUCGCGCCCUGCUGCCAACGCUGCGGCACUUUCAUCAUAGGUAGGGUCAUUAAGGCGAUGAACUCCUCGUGGCAUGCGGAAUGUUUCCGUUGCGAGAUGUGCACCAGCGAGUUGGCCGACACAGGUUUCAUUAAAAACGGCGGCAGGGCGCUGUGCCACGAAUGCAACGCCAAAGUGAAAGCUCGCGGGCUCGGCAAAUACGUUUGCCACAAGUGCCACGCCAUGAUCGACGAUCAACCGUUGAAGUUUCGCGGCGAGGUUUAUCAUCCGUAUCACUUCAAUUGUACCGCUUGCGGCGUAGAACUGGACGCGAACGCUCGUGAAGUGCGCAACCGACCAGGUUUGGCCAAAAACGACACCAACGAGCUCUACUGUCUACGCUGUCACGAUAAAAUGGGUGUGCCCAUCUGCGGAGCAUGCCGAAGACCCAUCGAGGAACGUGUGGUGACAGCUCUAGGAAAACACUGGCACGUGGAGCACUUCGUCUGUGCCAAAUGCGAGAAACCGUUCUUCGGACAUCGCCACUACGAGAAGAAGGGUCUGGCCUACUGCGAGACCCACUAUCAUCAGCUCUUCGGCAACCUGUGUCAUCAUUGCAAUCAAGUUAUCGCUGGAGAUGUGUUUACUGCUCUGAACAAGGCGUGGUGCGUCCACCACUUCGCUUGCUCCAUCUGUGACCAGAAAAUGAACCAGAAAACGAAGUUCUACGAGUGCGACCUGAAGCCCGUCUGCAAGAAAUGCUACGAGAAGUUCCCCAAGGAGCUGAGGAACCGAUUGAGGAGGCAGCAUGAGGCUCUGCCUCGCAGGGCACCGACUCCAGUGGAAUAAAUUGAAUUUUCUUAACAGAUCUGAUGAUUAAUGUCGUAUAACCAUAUUAUUGUGUGCCUUAGUUAGUGCCUUUAUUACUUAUUUUGUACUAAUUAUCUUGUUUCGAAAUAUAUUAUAUUGAACUAACA